UUCUCCGCCUCGUAUCGUACAUCGUCUUCUCCUUCCCCUACAGGCUACAGCCUGCCCCCUCUCCUCUCGCCCCGUUCCAAGAAAACCAAGAACCUCUCCCCCCCUGGCCAUGGAGGACACCUCGGUGGUUUUAGCCCGCGCCUCCUGCCUGGCCCGUGCUAUAGCGGCCGCUGAGUUCCUCUCCUCCCUGCAGCUAGUCCGGGCGGCGGAGCUGGUGGCGCGCGCCGCCGAACGCUGCGGAUACCCUGACCGCGGGAUGGAGCUGCAGGAGGCAGCCGAUCGAAUUUCCCUCGCCGACCGUCAGAAGAUGGCCAACGCCGCCGCGAUGCUCAGCAGCGCCGCCGCCAGGGCAGGCCAAGCGGCAGAUACGAGUGGUGGCGGACCGGGCGAGUUUCGCCAGGCCUGCCGGGAUUUGGAGACGGCGGCGCGCGAGCUUUCCAUCGCCGUGGCGUCGGCGGAGUCCGAUUCGAAGCUCAGGGACAGGAGCGCCCAGUCGUGCAAUUGGAUAUUUUGGCGCAAGAAGGAACAGCCGGAGCAGCACCUCGACGGCGGAAGCCUACGGGAAGCUCUUCUCCACCACCAGCCCUGGCCGGCGUCUACAUCCACGGCGUCUGGCGCACUGGAUUUAGCUCCUGGCGGACAUGCUCGCCCCGCCCCGCAGGAUGGGAGACUCUCACUGCAGGAGAACCUGGGGGAGUAUUUAGGCUAUGCGUUGUUCGGUUCACUGACCUUGUUGCCUUACUUGGAUCCUGAGGGACGGGUGAUGAAGCUGCUGUCACCCAAUCAAAGAUACGCGUUUCAGUUUUUCUUCUCUGUGUGGUGGAGCGCAGUUAGUCUAGGUGUUCCUUGCAAGAAUAGCCAGACUCCCGCGUUGCUGCAGUGUGCUUCUGCCGCAAACUGCAUUGGCAUGGUUGGCAUUACUGCCCUCGUGAUCUGGUAUAGCUACAAACUCUUAGCACCAAAAGCUCGUGUAUCUUCGUAUCUCGUUAUGGCCUUUGCUUGCGGUCUGCACCUGGCUGCUUGGCUUUGGGAUUGCUGCAAAUGGCUCAGAGGUGAUGGAGCGUAGGGUAUAGUUUUGGUGCAUGGUGAUUGGUUUGGUUACUGUUGAGUUAACCACUGAUAGCAGAUUAUUGAACAUAGGAACGUUGUUAAAGAUUUUUUUAACAUUGUUGUUAGCGAAAACAAGGAACAUCACUGUACAACCCUUAUAGCAUUUCCAUGAUACUUUUGAGAAACAUUCCUGGUUCAACCGUGUACUGGUGCAAUGGUGUGUCAUGUUUGGAAUGAAUAGAGUAUCUUGUUUCUUA